AUGGGUUCAAAUGAUUUGAUAAAUGAAGCAUAUGACGACUCGGAAGUAGUUGGUGAGGAAAGAGAAUCAAAAUCUGCAUGGAUGAAGAGGUGGUAUCAGCUACUUACUUCUCCUUUAGACUUGCAGUUGGUAAUAAAUGAAAAGUUAGAAAUGAUCAACUGGGAUGCUUAUGCUAAAAGUCUAGCUAAGCCAUUAGGGAAUUUUUUAACAAUACUUUUUUUUAUCAUAAGACUCUUGCAGGACAAUUUGAUCAAGCCCAACUAUUACAAACUAAACGUCAAGUCUGGCGCUUUCGAUCUUUCUAAAUCCAAUAAAUUAAAAGAGUUUGAUUAUCUAUGGGAGAUAUCAUCCAGCUUUCAAAACAAUAAUCAAUUUUAUGCAUUUCAAUCUUGGUAUUUUGUUACCUUAAGGUUUUUGAAUAAUCUUUUCAGGUUUACUAUUUUCAUACUGCUGUCCCUGAACCUGUACGUAAGCUGUAAAUUCAUGUUUGGAUACUUUAAGACUUACAAUCUCUUCCAUUUGAAAAAAGAGUUCAACUCCCCAAACCUCACUAAACACAACUUGAAGGAUCUAAGCAAAGAAUACUAUGAAGAUAUUUAUAAGCAGUCCUUGUGGUCUAUGUUGAAGCAUUUUUUCAGAGGAUCUCGUGAUGACGGUCCUCAUGUUAAUCAAAAUGAAGAUGAGAUAUUUUUUCAGUUAAGAAAAUGGAUCCCCACUAACUUCAUGAUUAAUCUUUUUGUGUCUUUUUCACCAACGGCAAUUGUUUUUUUAAGCUUUUCUGAUGUUUCGUUUACUUCAGCAAUUGCUAUAGUAUUCCAUCAAUAUAUUCUGGAUUAUAUCAUAACUAAGAGAUUUCAAAGAAGCGUGGACGACGACUUGAUUUUAUCAAGUGCAGCUUUGCAAGAAUAUGAGGACAAGCAUAUAAUGGCACGAAUUAACCAAUGCAGCAAUAUAGAUACUCUAUCAUCUGCAAUGGGUACUAGAUCUAAAACACCGAGAAUAUUCACCACUCACUCCCUAUGUGGCGAAGAAAUCAGAGAGGUUUAUAAUUAUGAAAAAAGGGAAUUUGAGGCAUUACCGAAAAUGACAGAAAGUGUGCCAGGAUCCCGUGAAACCAGAAUAAAGGAUUAUGGAGGCAUUUCUCAAGUAUCUGACCAUCAAAGUCAUCCCAUUGGUUUUCAUUAUUCUCCUAGAAUGUCCCCAUAUUAUAGGGAUAAAGUUUUGGAUAACAAUUUGGCUCAAUCAUCGUCAAAUGAAAAUUUAGAGAAGGGCGGAGCUUACCUGCCGAAUCAAGACCAAAAUAGACCAUCGAAAUCCCUGAGCCCAUUGAGAAAAACGCCUUUAAGCGCACGACAGAAAAGGUUUGAAGGCUCAGAGUUCAAUGUAUUGAAUAAGAAUGAUAUUAAUUCCAUUCUUCGCUCUCCAAAGAAAAAGAAGAACUAUCACAAAAGAUAA